GCUCCUAUAUAAUGACGAAGCUAAGAGCUUUUCGUCAGUGCAGCCAGCUUCGGUCUACUGCCAGGAUGGGGCUAAAGGCAUUUGCCAUUUUGUCCGUGAUCCUUGCCACCGCAAGCGCUGCUCCAUCUGCCAAACCAGGCUAUCACUCUUACGCUUAUGGCAACAGUGGGGGCAGUAUUUCCCCUCCGGCACCUCCCCACGGCUAUGCUGGCCCGUCCCCCUCUCCCUAUAUAUAUCCUCACGGACAUUUACCCAAUGACCACGUAGUUCUACUCAAACCCCAUCCAUCUAUUACACCGCCCUUGUCACCCCUGCACGGUUUAUUCAACCCUCAUAAUUUCAUACACUUUCCACCUCAUUCUUCCUAUCCUUCACAUGUGACACCUUUUCCCCAUGCUCCUUAUCCCCCACAUGGGAUAAAUUUACCUCACGUACACUAUCCUCCAUCUGUGGUGCCCCACGCUCCUUAUUCUCCGAUUGUGAUGCCCCACAUUCCUUACCCACAAUCUGCAGCAAACCCGUCAAGCAUACAGGUGCACUCACCUUUCUCCUCACACGUAAUACAUGGCCAACCCCUGCCUCAUCCAUCAUUCGUUCCUUAUGCUAAUCCGUGGAGUCACGUGAUUCAGCCUGCACCUCUUGCUCAUCCGCCUGGAACCCAAAUACCUCAUUCUGAACCACAAUUGUAUCCACAAUUUUACUUUCAUCCUCCCGCGGUGCAACAUCCACCAAAUUUUCUGCAUUUUCCAUCACCUGUAGCGCAGCCUCCACCACCCAUGAUACACUAUUCAUCACCCGUGGCACACUUUCCAACACCUCCGGCACAAGCUCCACCGGGUCGGCCGCCCCGUCUGCACCUGGCUUUUCCUUUCCUCAAUCACCAGGCUUUUCCUUUCCUUCAUCACCAGGCUCCUCCUCUUCUCCAUCCCCAGGUUUCUCUAUUCAUCCAUCACCAGGCUUUUCCUUUCCUCCAUCACCAGGCUCCUCCUCUUCUUCAUCCUCAGGCUUCUCGUUUCAUCCAUCACUAGGAUCCUCCUCUUCUCUAUCCUCAGGCUUCUCGUUUCAUCCGUUACCAGGCUCCUCCUCUUCUCCAUCAC